AUGAGUCUGGCAUCACCUGGACUGAUACCAAAGGCUACUACGCCCCUACGUAUCCUCGCCGCCAGCAGACCAUCAUGCCCGAACCAAUAUAGAGACCAGCAACACCCCCGACGCUCCCUACAUUCUAGCGCAUCACAAUCAUGGCACGCUCGACCACGCCUACCAUCGCACAGCCGACAGAGCACGAACCACGAGCGAAUAGCUCCAUGCCGGCAAUUUCAUGCCUCGCCGGUUGCGCAGGCGACGAAGGAUCCUUAUAAGUCUCUCGGGAUCUCCUCCGGCGCAUCAUCCGGGGAGAUCAAGAAGGCGUACUAUGGGCUGGCCAAGAAGUACCAUCCCGACACCAACAAGGAUCCCAAGGCGAAGGAGAGGUUCAAUGAGGCGCAGAGCGCAUAUGAGAUCUUGACGGAUCCCAAGAAGAAGGAAGCAUGGGAUCAAUAUGGUGCUGCGGCGUUCGAUCAAGGCGGGGGCUUUGAUCCCAGCGGAGGCGCUGGUGGAGGGCCAGGAGGCAGUCCGUUCGGCGGUGGUAGCCCGUUUGGCGGAUUUGGUGGUGCGAGCGGCGGUGGUGGGUUUGGAGCCGAAUUCAACUUUGAGGAUCUGUUCUCUGCUUUCGGUGGCGCAGGAGGUGCGAGAAGAGGGAGAAGAGGCGCAAGCCCAUUCCAAGAGGAGGUCAUGGUUGGUGAGAACAUUGAAGUGCAGACGCAGAUAUCUUUUAUGGAUGCUGCAAAGGGUGUGCAGAAGGACAUCAACAUCACACCCCUCGUACAGUGCAAGACUUGUACUGGAUCAGGGUUGAAGAAAGGCGUGAGCAGGAGUCAGUGCCAGACUUGUGACGGCACAGGUACAAGGGUGCACUUCAUGCAGGGCGGCUUCCAGAUGGCGAGCACGUGCAGUACAUGUGGCGGCGCUGGUGUAUCAGUACCCAGAGGUGGCGAGUGUGGAAGUUGCAAGGGCAGUGGUGCCACGAGAGAACGGAAGACGGUCACGAUCGACAUCCCAGGAGGUGUGGAGGAUGGGAUGAGACUACGAGUGGUGGGCGAGGGUGACCAUCCACCUACCGGUCAGGCCGCGAAUCCGAAAGCAAGCACCUCGAAGGGCGAUCUCUAUGUGUUUAUCCGCGUAGCGCCAGACUCGAAAUUCUCGCGAUCAGGAUCGGACGUCCUAUUCACGGCUUCCAUCCCUCUCACGACCGCCGUCCUUGGUGGCGAGAUCAAGGUACCAACGCUUGAUGGGGAGGUCAAGGUCAAGGUUGCCAAAGGUACUGGAACAGGUGACAAGAUUACUCUGAGCGGCAUGGGUAUGAAGAAGCUACAGUCUAGGAGAGGCAACAACGGCGACCUCCGUGUCGAGUUCCGGGUCAACAUGCCGAAGUAUCUGUCGGUGAACCAGCGGACGAUCGUCGAGAUGCUGGCGGACGAGAUGGGCGACCAGAACGCCACGAGGGUGAUGAACCUUGGAAAGUUCAAGGAGGCUCCACCGUCCGAUUCAUCCAAAGCGGAGUCUGGCUCUGCACCUGGGUCUGCUUCUGCCGAGGACCACAAGAACGAAGGUUUUCUUAAGAACAUGUGGCAUACCGUCACCGGCCAGCAUGAUCAUCUGAACGACCAGGAACAACAGCAGCAGCCGCAGAAGCCGAAGAAGGAGAACGGCCAAAACCAGAGCGAAGAGGAACCGAAGAAAGCUUCCGGUUCUGGUUCUGGUUGA